ACUUGGGGAGUGCUACGCUGGUAUGAGCUGCUACAUUUACCGGUUGAUCGCGCUUAUUAGUAAUCGAUUGUAUUCCAGCACCAGUUAGGAGUCGAUGAAAUUCCCCCUUUCUUUUCGACCACCUAUGAACACUCGUUUCAGCGUGCCAGAUAUCGAGGCAGAGGCCCUCGUUCUGGCGCUAUCUCUGUUAGAUAUCGAAGAAGUCGAAGGAUCGCGCAAAGGAAAGUUACGGGAGGAUGCCUGCUUGACGGAUGAAGAAAUUGCAUUCAACUUUCAGGCAGAAAACUUGAAGGCGUCCUUGGCCGAACUUCGAGACCGUAGAUUUGCACUAAGCCUUGAUGAAGCACUUCAAACCGACACUGUGGCUCUCAGUGCCUUGUCCCUCGUCAACCAAGGAGAACAAGAUGAUCGUCUUUCUGCUCUUGCCCUUGAAAGAGGUGAUGAUGUACCAACCCCUAGUCAUUCACAAGAAGUACUUGAAUGUACUGAAUUUCUGUCUGAGUUUGGCUCCACUAUGUUCAGUAAUAAUGAUAUCACAGGCGUAGUAGACCCAGACCCAGACGAAAUGGACAACCUCGGUGAAUCUUCUCGUCUACCGGUGGAAUGUAUCAUAUGUGGCGAUCCUGUCAGACGUUCACAAAUAUUCAAUGCUCCGUGCUCUCAUUUUUAUUGUCGAGGUUGCCUUGUAAACCUUGUCGAAGCAUCUACCAGGGACGAAACACUUCACCCCGUGCGGUGCUACCAGAAGCCUCUCCCCAUUGCGAACUUCCUUCUGCUGCUUCCAUCGGACUUGCAAUCCCAUUUUCAGGACAAAUCUGCGGAGUUCGCGACUCCACCGGCUUCACGGAUCUACUGUCCCAAUCAGACUUGCUCCAAGUUUUUGGGCUCAUCUUCUGGGCGCAGGUCUGAGAUCGAAUGUAGUUGCGGGACACCCCACUUAUACGAAGAUUGUGCUGAAAACGCUCAGACGUCAGCGAUCAAGUCCCUUGUGUCUCAAAUGGGGUGGCAGACCUGUCCGGGUUGCCAUGCUAUCGUGGAACUUUGGCAGGGGUGUUAUCACAUGACCUGCCGAUGCUCGACGCAGUUUUGUUACUUGUGCGCAGCACUGUGGAAAACUUGCGACUGCCGGCAAUGGGACGAUCAACGCUUGUUGGAUGACGCCGAAAGACGUGUGUACAAUGAAUUUGGGGCGAGGGAGGCAGUUACGCGCCCUGCAAAUUUUGUGGACCGUGUGUACCAGAGGAUGGCAGCGUUGGAGGAAAAUCAUGAGUGCCCUGUGCACCAAUGGGUGUACAGGAGUGGCGGCGGACGUUGUGAAGAAUGUCAUGAUGAUUUAUGGGGUUAUCUGAUGCGUUGCAGACAUUGCCAAGCCUUGGUAUGUAGGCGGUGUUCAGUAAAUCGUCUUUGAGAAUGGCCUCAUUAGUAUGAGGAUCAGGUAGUAAGAUACAAAAGUCGAGACAUUUUGCAUGAGUACUGCUGGAGUUUCAAGCAGGAGAACUGAAGAUUUACAUAUCACGGGUAAAACAGACCAUUUGCGAUGGGUGACCAUUGUCAGAAAGACGCUGGAGUAUUAUCGCCUGGGACAAUCA